GUGUUAAAGAGCUAGUGCCAUAGUGUACCAUUCUAUUGGUAGCAUUUGGCAAGAGUUAUUCCCUCUCUCCAUACCAAUGGAGAAGUUUAAUCUUGCUAGAGUCUUAUUGUUGCUUCUUCAACUUGGAACUUUGUUCAUUGCCCAUGCAUGUCCUUAUUGUCCAUAUCCUCCUUCCACCCCAAAACACCCAAAAUUGCCUCCUAAGGUGAAACCACCCUCUACACAACCUCCACAUGUGAAACCACCUUCUACCCCUAAACACCCUAAAGAUCCUCCACAUGUGAAGCCACCUUCUACCCCUAAACAACCACCAUAUGUGAAACCACCUACUACCCCUAAACACCCUCCACAUGUUAAACCACCUUCCACCCCUAAACACCCUAAACACCCCCCACAAAAACCAUGCCCUCCUCCAUCUCAUCAUGGUCCUAAGCCACCAAUUGUAAAACCUCCACAUGUACCAAGACCUCCUAUAGUGCAUCCUCCUCCCAUUGUCUCUCCACCUUCCACACCUAAACCACCAAAAACACCACCAUUCACUCCAAAACCACCAUCACCAAUACCACCUAUUGUUUCACCCCCUAUUGUUUAUCCACCAAUCACUCCAACACCACCUAUUGUCCAUCCACCAGUCACUCCAAAACCACCAUCACCAACACCUCCUAUUGUUUCACCCCCCAUUGUUUAUCCACCAAUCACUCCAACACCACCUGUUGUGUCACCUCCAAUCAUUCCAACACCACCUAUUGUCUCUCCACCUUUUGUCCCCAAUCCUCCCGUGGUAAUACCACCACCCUACGUGCCAAGUCCUCCGGUUGUUACUCCACCCAUAGUUCCAACACCCCCUACACCAUGCCCACCACCACCACCACCACCAGCAAUAAUACCAUCACCACCAGCACAACCAACUUGCCCCAUUGAUGCUCUCAAGCUAGGUGCUUGUGUGGACGUGUUAGGAGGACUAAUCCACAUUGGAAUCGGUGGAAGUGCUAAGCAAACAUGUUGUCCACUUCUAGGAGGACUAGUAGACUUGGAUGCAGCCAUUUGUCUUUGCACAACUAUUAGACUCAAGCUCUUAAACAUAAACAUCAUUCUUCCCAUUGCUCUACAGGUUCUUAUUGAUGAUUGUGGCAAGUAUCCACCCAAAGACUUCAAGUGUCCUUCAACCUAAAUCAAGGAUAUUAAACAGGACAUUUGACUGAUACUGCCGCAUUGUCAUAGUUGAAGGCACAAUAAAUGUGUGAAAGUUCAAUUUCCAUUUUAUCAUGGCAAUAAAUUGAGAAAACAAAGGAGGGAUAUUAAUUAAGCUUUAAUUUGGCGUGUUUAAUUAGCUUUUGAUUAAUGUACUGAAUGUUGUAUUUACAUUAUUGUUUUAGGGAAAUACUAAUGGUAUUUAGUAUAGUGGAGUAUGAAUGCUGAUUUGAUUGUAUGAACACGAAUGAAUGAGGAAAAAAUCACCUAAUUUAUCA